CUUGAACACCCAUUAAUUGUACUCAAUCAGAUGGCAAAUUCCUCAGUAAGCCUGAAGCUACUGAUAGACACCCGAGCCAAAAGGGUGUUGUUUGCGGAGGCCGGCAAAGACACCGUAGAUUUCCUCUUUUACAUACUCUCUUUGCCGGUAGCCAAGUUAAUCAGCCUAAUCGGAAAACAAGAGAUGGUGGGGUCCUUAGCAAACUUGUACGAGAGCGUACAAAAGUUGAACGAGACCUAUAUCCAACCGAACCAGACAAAAAACACCUUCCUCAAACCGGCUUACCCGGUCCCAGGUUCCACAGCUGUUCCUCUAUUGGCCCUCAAGGACUCGUCCUCGGGUGAUGGUCAGAAAACGUUCUAUGGGUGCAGCUGUCCUAACUAUGGUAAUAGCUAUAUUAAGUGUGUUAGUGAUGGCCCAAAUGCCACCUGUACAAGGUGCAACCACAUAAUGUCAAAAGCUUUGACUUAUGUGGCCCCACCUGUUGUGCAAAGCGUGUCGUCUGGUUCGGAAGGCGGGUUUGUGAAGGGGGUGGUGACUUACAUGGUGAUGGAUGAUUUGGUGGUGACUCCUAUGUCCACUAUUUCCAGUAUUACUCUACUUAAUAAGUUUAAAGUCAAGGAAGUUGGUGCUUUGGAGGAGAAGGUCGUGAGUUUUGGAAUGACUGAGGCGGUGAAGUUGUUGAAGGCUUCUCUGGAGACUAACACUGUGCUUACCCAAGUUUUCCUGAGCCAUUUAACACUUUUUCAAGUUUCACGGGGUUUUGAUGUAACGCAUCCAACAAUUGCCUUCAACGGUGCUCGUGAGGGUACUUCAGUUGUUUUAAUCUACGCCUCUGCACAAAAGUUGCACAAAACCAUGUCGAAUACCUAUCUACAGUCUUUACCAAGAUCUUGCGCGAAAUCCUCGGUCAGCAUGAAGCUCCUCAUCGACACCAAAGCCAAACGCGUCCUAUUUGCGGAGGCUGGCAAGGACUCUGUAGAUUUCCUGUUCUACAUACUCUCCUUGCCCGUGGCCAACAUCAUCAACCUGAUGGGCAAACAGGGAAUGGUGGGCUCUCUCGGGAAUCUCUACCAAAGCAUAGAAAACCUGAAUGAAACCUACAUGCAGCCAAACCAGAAUAAAGACACACUUUUGAAACCAGCCCACUCGAUCUCCUGUUCGAGUGUUCCUCUGCUGGCAAUUGGGGACUCGCCUACGGUCAAGGAGUUGUACACGUGUACCAGAAACUGCAUUUCUGUCACAGAGGACCCCACCGCCACCUGUCAUGGCUGCAACUGUAAGAUGACUGUGUUGAUGGAUUACGUGGCCCCACCUGCGGUUCAGAAAGAGUCCGGCCCAGAAGGUGGGUUUGUGAAGGGGGUGGUGACGUAUAUGGUGAUGGAUGAUUUGGCAGUCUCUCCUAUGUCCACUAUUUCUAGUAUUACUCUGCUUAAUAAAUUUAAUGUUAAGGAAGUUGGGGCUUUGGAGGAGAAGGUCGUGAGUUUUGGGAUGAAUGAGGUUGUGAAGUUGUUGAAGGCUUCUUUGGAGACUAAGAAUGUGCUUACACAU